UAUGUUCAUGUUUUUUUUUUCAGAGCAAUGUACCACAUUACUAGCUGCUUUCUAGCUUUUCUUAGGUGUCUCCUCUCCGUUUAGUGGCUAUGGUCCCGCCCGUGCACCAGCAGACUAGUAUCAUGCCAAUCAAUACACGAAAGGAGGAGUUGGAGUUGGAAGAAAAGGAACUGUUGUGCGCACCCAAAAAGCCCAAAUUUACAGAGUCCGUUGUCCAACAGCAGCAGGAACCUGAAGUUCUCGCUGUUGAGAGUGAGCAUAAAGGCCAUGGUGAUCCUUCACUAAAAGAUUCUGCUUGUGUAGUGCAGAGCGAUGGUGAAGCAAACGGUUGCAGUGAGGGGCUUGUUUCUGGCAGUACAAAUAAAGAACUACCAGCAAGGUCGCGACUGGAUCAACUCUGCAGUACAAUUGGCUGGAAGUGUCCAACAUAUGACUUUGAAGACCAGGGAUUUUAUCAUACAAAACUGUUCAAAUGCAAGGUGACUGUCCAUGUGGAGACAUUCUCGGACACUGUUGUGGAGUGCUACAGUGAACCCAACCCUCAGAAGGAAGCUGCCCAGGAACAAGCUUCUCAAGGGGUAUUAUGGUGCCUUAAGUGUCUUGGUCAUGUUAAAUAAUUCUAGAUGUGCUCCAUCAAGCGAGCUGUCUGCCCUUUUGUGGUUAUCUGGUCCAUCAUAAGAGCAGUGCUCGGACGCUCUUUAUUGAAUCCAAGGGUCAGGGUCAGAUCAAUAUCAUGCUGUUGUCAGCUGAUGCUUAUGCAUGACUGAACUUGUUGCUCUGUUAUGGUGUAAUUAUUGCUUUAGUUCUCUAGACGAUUAGACCCUACAUCAGUUGCAGUUCCAGUCAGCUGUAGAAACUCUCAGUACUAUUAGCAAUUUGUUCAUGUUAGCAU